AAAUAAGGCUUGUCCGAAGAAGCCUAUACCUACCCUUUUCUUACACCGACUCUUCCUCCUCACCUCCUCCCUACAUUCACUCGUUCUCUGUUCUCGAGUGUAGCAUUUGCUCUUUGUCGUUGAUCGUAUCGAUAAAGAGAGUGGGUCUGUCUGCCCCGCCAUAUCUUGAAAUUCGACGAGUUUUCCUCUUCCACCCCACCACCCGCGUCCCUUCCUUUCACAACACUACAACAUGGUCUCCGCAUCGAAGGCUGCCCGUGAGGCAAAGCGCGCUGCCGAGGGCAAGCCCAAGAAGACCCUCGCCUCCAAGGCCUCCUCCAAGAAUGCCUCCAAGGCUAACUCGGUGAACGGCGAUGCUGCUGAGGACCUUGAGCUCAACGAGGAGGUUCGCAAGCUCACCAUGCAGGAGGACAAGCACGGUCUGUCCGACCGUGUCACCACUGGUGUCCUUGCCUCUCUCCAGGCGUCUCGCGACGUCAAGAUCACCUCUGCUUCGCUCGUGUUCCACGGAAAGGUUCUCUUCAACGACACCACCCUUGAAGUCACAUAUGGACGCCGCUACGGUCUUCUGGGUGAGAACGGUUGCGGAAAGACCACUCUGCUCAAGGCCAUCGACGCCCGCGAGUUCCCCUUCCCUGAGCACAUCGACAUCUACCUGCUGAACAAGGGUGCCCCCAAGACCGAGUUGGGCGCCCUUGAAUGGGUCGUCCGCGAGGCUGAGAACGAGCUGGCUCGUCUCGAGAAGCUCGCUGAGGAGAUCCUUGAGAAGGACGGCCCUGAGGCACCCCAGCUUGAGGACAUCUACGAGCGUCAAGAGAGCAUGGACCCCUCCACUUUCCACGUUCGCGCCUCCCUCAUCCUGACUGGUCUCGGUUUCAAUAAGAAGACCAUCCAGAAGAAGACCAAGGACAUGUCCGGUGGUUGGCGUAUGCGUGUUGCCCUCGCCAAGGCUCUGUUCGUUAAGCCUGCGUUGUUGCUGCUUGAUGACCCCACUGCCCAUUUGGACUUGGAAGCCUGUGUGUGGUUGGAGGAGUACAUGAAGAAGUGGGACCGCACUCUUAUCCUGGUUUCUCACUCCAUGGAUUUCCUGAACGGUGUCUGCACAAAUAUGAUCGACAUGCGUCAGAAGCAGCUCCUCUACUACGGAGGUAACUACGAUUCUUACCACAAGACUCGUUCCGAGCAGGAGGUCAACCAGACCAAGGCCUACGAGAAGCAGCAAGAUGAGAUCAAGCACAUCAAGAAGUUCAUUGCUUCCGCUGGUACAUACGCCAACUUGGUCAGGCAGGCCAAGUCCCGUCAGAAGAUUCUCGACAAGAUGGAGGCAGAUGGUCUUAUCGAACCCGUCCAGGUCGACAGGGUCUUCUCCUUCCGCUUCGCUGAUGUCGAGAAGCUGCCCCCGCCUGUGCUGUCUCUCGACGACGUCACUUUCUCUUACUCUGGUAACGCGGAGGACAACCUGUACGAGAACCUCGAUUUUGGUGUCGACAUGGACUCUCGUACCGCUCUUGUUGGACCCAACGGUGUUGGAAAGUCGACUCUGCUCAACAUCUUCACUGGCAAGCUCAGCCCUUCAAGCGGUGUUGUCUCGCGUCACACUCACUUGAAGCUCGGUGUCUAUUCUCAGCACUCUGCCGAGCAGCUCGACCUUACCAAGUCCGCUCUUGACUUCGUCAAGGACAAGUUCUCACACAUCAGCCAGGACUACCAGUACUGGCGCCAGCAGCUCGGUCGCUUCGGUAUGACUGGUGAUGCCCAGACCUCGAAGAUGGCUACCCUGUCCGACGGUCAAAAGUCUCGUAUUGUCUUCGCCCUUUUGGCUAUUGAGGGUCCCAACAUGUUGUUGCUCGACGAGCCUACCAACGGUCUCGAUAUCCCUACCAUCGACUCCCUAGCUGAUGCUAUCAACGCUUUCAGCGGUGGUGUUGUUGUCGUCUCCCACGACUUCCGUCUCCUCGACAAGAUCGCCAAGGACAUCAUGGUCUGCGAGCACAAGACUGUCCGAAGGUGGGACGGCUCCAUCGGCGAGUACAAGAACCAUCUUCGCAAGAAGAUGUCUUCCACUGGUGUUCUUGCUUAAGCGUUGUAUGAGAUUGUUUUCGCAGAUUGCAUGCGUUUUCCGAGCUGCGGAAUGCGGGCUCGAAGCAAAAGUAAUGGCCUUAGAGCAGGGUUCAUGAUACCCCUGCAGUAGGCUGGCCGCUCAGCGCGACCAAGCUUCAGUGUCUGUUCUGCGUGGGUAGAGACGACUGGAUACCGCGUUUCGAUGCAUUGGGCUUAGAGGAGUUCUUAGAUUUGGGUUACGACCAAAAUGAUAUCACGUAGAAUAGGAAUGAUUACAAACAAAC